AUGACUGAAAAAGAUACAAUUGCGUAUCUCAUGGUUAAUGGCUCAUCAAUAAACACGCAAGUAUCAGUCCACAACCAAUAUGAUAUCCAAGACCCCUUGACAACAAGAACACAAUUCGAAUACAUCGUAGAUCAUAGCAUAAGGCUUAUAAACACUAACAUCUGCAUCGUGGCAAAUGAAAACAAUCAAAUUAUGGCAGAAAAUUGCACCGAAAACACAUCAAGGUGGAUACUGGAUUUAACUAACUACCAAUGGAUUUCUCUGGAAACAGGCCUAUGCAUCACCUUACAUGAUGAAGAAGAGGGACGAGUUAGAUUGGCAACACUAAAAACAUGCAGUAGACAGGGAACAAUUAGUGAAAGUCAACAAGGGGUUAUCGAAAUCCUAACAACAAACCCGGAUGUGUUGGAUAAUUUCCCAGAUGCAUCCAUUGACGAAUUCGAAGAAAUCCAGUUGGAACAGAGGACAUCAGUAACGAGUGUCAGUUCGCCAAUUUUCGGAGGAUUAUUGAAACGGAACCAUGGGAGAGGAAAUAUCAUAUGGGACAUGAUAGGAUGGGGACUAAUGAAACAUGGUAAGUCACCCGAUAAAAUAUGUUUAACACACAAUGGCAUCAACAAAGCAAUAACACUUGAAGCAUGCGAUCCUAAUUGGAUCAAAUGUCAAACAAGCCUACAAAAAUUAUUAACAAGUAAUGACCCCUUGGUGCAAUCACAAACAUCCGUGGCUAACUGUAGCGAAGCAUCCAGCAAGGGCCAAGCCUUCGAAUACUCCUCCGACUUCACGAUAAGACCAUUUAACACAAACAACUGCAUUAAAGCGAACACAACGAUGCUCAUCCUGCACGAAUGCUCAGAUAAAAGUUCCAUCUGGGGAACAUUCGAUCACACAGGACAAUUAAUGGCAAGUGAUAGAACAGGACUUCAUUCGGGUGCUUCGGACCGGAAAUGCCUUACAAGACGGGUCGACAAAUUAUCGUUGGGACACUGUCAUGAACAAGCCAGAAACCAACAUUUUAGUUUCGAGUACAGAAACCCACAUCAACCUAGAACAUUGUCGGCAGCAGCAAUAAUAUCUCUACAUACUCAACACGUUUCAGGACAACAAAAAGAAAAUACAGCACAUGAACUUGUAGUAGAUGACUAUCGACCGCUAAAUGACGCUAAUACAAGUAACGGUCUACCAAAAUCCACUGAGGAGCUAAGUGACUUGAUAAAAUACGAGCUUGGAAAAAUGCACGAGCAAUACAAAAUCAGUAUUGAAACUGAACACGACAAUAAAUUGGCAAAGGAAAUUCGGGAUGUGUACUGCCAGUUAUCAAAGAUAAAACGAACGCAAGCCAUAAUGUUAGCCCAAACAAAUGGAUUGCUUGCAGCUGCCGCACUCGGACUUCCAAUGUGUACAAGGAUAUAUGGUUUUGGUCAGGCCAUGACAUUGCAACAAUGCGACCCAAAAAGGAUCUCACUAUCAGCAAAAGAGACCAAGUGUGGGUUCCAGCCAUUUUUCGUUUACGGAAAAAACAACUGUACGAUCGGACUCGACGGAUGGUCUAUUCACCCGUAUUCAGAGUGUUUUUGGAAAUCACAAUUGAUAAACAUCAACGGAUAUCCUCAUUCGUGGCAACAUAACGCAACAGCAGGAGACUGGAUUAAACAAGAGGCGACCAUACACACCUCAAAUCUGGAUUUAAUUGCAGAAUUCGAAGAACUGCGCUUUAACAGUUUCGACUAUGGAUUAAGGAACCACCCAGCUCAUGGAACAAUGGAAAUGGAACAGCUGAACAUCCUAAAUGACCCUGUGGGACGAAUUAAUGAAGGAGAAGUCAAAGAGUUACCUAACAUCCUAGUAACAGAAGAACAGGACAAUCAAAUCGGAAACAUGUUUUCCUGGUUUGACACAUUAAAAAUCAUGGCUCUCUCCACGAUAGGAUUCAUCCUAUUUCUCAUCUUGAGUGAAAGUGAUAUUCAAGAAAUGGAUUCCAUGAUACCAGAACCCAUCUACAGCGCUGGAGGAGCAAAUGAAAAACCGUUCAUUAGGGAAUUUGCACCUUUAAUGACGUCAGCGACAGAAAAACCAAAAGAAAACCCUACGUCGAUAAACACACCGAGUGCACCAAAGAAAGGAAAAUUGUAUCCUAUCGAAGAAUUAAAAUGGGAAAACGAGCAAAACAAGGAAUGUACGGGAAGUCACACGACAUGCAGCUAUGUCGUUGGCUACGGAAUGGUGUGGGAGGAUCUAUGCAGAUGUACUCCAGAGGACCAUUUAAAACGCACAAUUAACAAAUAA